AACUACGUUCGAAGUUACGGACGAACACGAGCGUACCUUUUAGUUUGUGUGUUUCCGAAAACCACCCCCCCAAAUAAUGGUAUUAGUUAAUUGAUGACUUUAUACUGAGCGCGAGACGUCUGAUGUGACUCUUUUAUUUUGAAACGUGACUGGCUGUGAGGCGCGUUUAGUGUUAUGCUGCUGUAACACGAGUAACGUGACCAAUAUAAUGCUCGCCCCCCUCCUCAAAGCGCGGGAGCGAGCGUCUCCUUGCGUUAGCUGGCAUGUGGCGGCGGGUUGGUAGACAGGAGUGAAAGGCUGUAGUGUCUGCCGCUUGCCCGACUGUCUGACACUGUCUCCGCCCUCCCAUAACCACUAUCCUCGGUAGCUUUACCCCCUCCCCUUCUCUGUGCUGUCCCUCCGCCCGGUGUGUUCGUCACGUCCGGUAGUCUGAGGAGGCCGGGAAUCGGCAUCAGGACCCCAGGCUAGGGGGGGGAGCGGUCUGGCAGACACAAAGAGGCCGCGGCGUGACCAAGGCCUGGGCCUUCAGACACUAACAGGACAAUGGAUUUUCCAGGACAUUUUGAACAAACCUUUCAGCAGCUAAACUAUCAGAGGCUCCAAGGACAGCUCUGUGACUGUGUAAUUGUGGUUGGUAGUCGUCACUUCAAAGCUCAUCGUUCUGUGUUAGCAGCAUGCAGUACUCAUUUCCGAGCUCUCUUUACAGUGGCAGAAAGCGAUCAGAGCAUGAACAUGAUCCAGUUGGACAGUGAAGUUGUGACGUCUGAAGCCUUUGCUGCUUUAAUUGAUAUGAUGUAUACAUCCACGCUUAUGCUAGGAGAGAGCAAUGUCAUGGACGUUUUACUUGCAGCAUCUCAUCUGCAUUUGAAUUCAGUGGUAAAAGCAUGCAAACACUACCUCACUACAAGGACACUUCCUAUGUCACCCUCUAACGGAAAGGCUCAAGAGCAGAGUGCUCGCAUGCAGAGAUCUUUCAUGCUUCAACAACUUGGUUUAAGUAUAGUGAGCUCUGCCUUGAACUCAAGUCAGAAUACAGAGGACCAGCCUCAGCAACAGCAAAAUUCAAUGAGCUCUUCUGGCCGAAAUAACAUGGUGGAGCAAAGAGCCACCUUUCCAAUAAAACGGCUUCACAAAAGAAAGCAGUCAUCAGAAGAAAGAACAAGGCAACGCAUGAGGAACUCUGUUGAUGAAUGCCUCAAUGAUGUAACUCCUGAAAGUGUGCAGUCCAUUGUUAGUUCUCGAGAAGAAUAUUUCUCUCCUGAUUCACUGAAAAUGAUGGACAACUUGAAGUCUGAUUCUACCCCAGACAACCAUGAGGAUAGCACAAUCAUGUUUGAUGGUUCAUAUAGCAACCAAGAAGAUACACAAGUACCAAGUCAGUCUGACAACAGUGGAGAAAAUAUUUCACAGAUAUCCAUAGGAUCCCAGGCAGCCCAAAUUGGAACCAGUUACAGUCAAGAUAAAAAUAUAUAUUCUUCUGAAACACAAGAAGUAAUUGUGGGUGAAAAAGAUCACAUGAGAGUCAUUGUCAAAUCUGAGCCUCUGAGCUCACCGGAACCUCAAGAUGAAGUUAGUGAUGUCACUUCUCAAGCAGAGGGUAGUGAGUCAGUUGAAGUAGAAGUUGUUGCAAGUGCAGAAAAGAUUGAAUUGAGUCCUGAAAGUAGUGAUAGAAGUUUCUCUGAUCCUCAGUCAAGUACUGACAGAGUGGGAAACCUUCAUAUAAUGGAUGUAUCGGAUAACCUUGAGCACAAAUCUUCCUUCAGUAUUUCUAACUUCCUCAAAAGUAGAAACUGCAACUUAGGCCAAAACAGUGAUGACAACAUUCCCAAUACUACAAGUGACUGCAGAAUGGAUGGAGAAAUCUCUUACUUAGUGAGCCCAGAGGCAGGAACCAGCAAUCAUUCUACAGUCAUGUCUCAUAUGGAUAAUCCAUUUAGUGAUAGCCCAGACUCUCAUUUCACUAGGCCAAUGCAGGAUGCAAUGACUUUAUCUUGUGCUCAGUCCUCAAAUUAUCGAGGAAAUGAUCCUUUUGGGAUGGACUUCCCAAGGUCUGACUUAGGGCUUCAUUCGAUGUCCAGAUCUAUUAUGGGUAAUCCAAGGGGCAGACCUAGUAGCGUUCCAAGUUAUCGGCGUAUUGCCCCAAAAAUGCCUAUUGUAACUUCUGUGCGAAGCACCCAGUUUCAGGACAACGCAACCAAUUCUCAGCUUUUACUAAAUGGAGGAAAUUCAUAUGAAAAUGUUCAUACAUCACAACAGGGACCACCCCAGCUGACAAGGGCCUCUGCAGAUGUUCUCUCAAAAUGCAAGAAGGCUUUAUCUGAACAUAAUGUGUUAGUGGUUGAAGGUGCCCGAAAAUAUGCGUGCAAAAUAUGCUGUAAAACCUUUCUCACUUUAACAGACUGCAAAAAGCACAUCCGUGUACACACAGGAGAAAAACCAUAUGCUUGUCUAAAAUGUGGAAAAAGGUUUAGUCAAUCUAGCCACCUUUAUAAGCAUUCCAAAACUACUUGCCUUAGGUGGCAAAACAGUAAUAUUCCAACAGCUUUGCUAUAGGUAGGUUUUGACAAUAAUCAAAAAGUAGAAUUUAAUAGCAUUUUUAAAAAAGAAAUCUCAAAGACCAGCUUAUGUUAUGCUGAGAAAGUAACACAUACCUAACUGAAGCAUUUAAAGACCAGUAGCACAUCAUGCUUAAAAUAUUUAAAGUGACUUGUGUAUUGGGGGGUUGGGGUGGAAGAGAGGAACUUAGGGAAAUUUAUUGAUAAAAAAAAAACCUCUCUUACAUUGAGGUUAUGAAAAGUACUUAAUUUAGUUUAUCAAUGUUUAUGUAAAAUAGCCAAACUGAUGUUGAAAUUAUUAUUCGCAGUUAUGGAAACAUAAUUGCAUAAUGGAAGCAUUGAAAGUUGUUUGUUCUGUUUAGUAAAUUAUUAACUUGUAAAAUAACCAAUUAAAUAAAUGCCAGUGCCCUUGUUUAAUGUGGUUAACCUUUCCUAUGCAUGCUGUUUAGUCUAAACAAGAAUACCCUUUUUGUUGCAUUAUACAUGUAAAACAUUGCAGCUGCAUCUUCCAGAUAAUUUUGCAAAGCAAGUUUUAUGUGUUAGAGUUAUAUUGUCUCUUAAGUGGUAGUGCCCUCCUGUUAUAAUGGUAUAUUCAGGUCAGGUUUAAAUGUAACUUUUCUUGUGAAAGGGUCUGUAUAGCCCCUUGUUUAACAUGAGUGCAAUGAAUAGGGCUUGUGCUAUACAUAGAUUUGUGUGUUAAUAUCUUGAAAAGUAUUUUUUAAAUAGGAACAUUGAAGCUACUUUGUUUGGUCCUUGAAGGGUAGAUUAUUAAAUUACUAGUGCACAGAUAAAUCCUCUGCAUAAAGGAUGGGGGGGGGGGUUGUAUCUACAGUUGUAAAAAUAAAGAUUUUAUGUUAUUAAUAUGCAAAAUGUAUGUUCAUCACAAACCCUAUUUGUUGAACUCAUGCAGCGAACGAGGUGAUAUACUGCCUUUUUUGUGGUGUUAUUGUUUAUAUAGCGCCAAUAUAUUCCACACCACUAUAGAAAGAUUAUACAGUUAUGCAACCUGUUAACCAGAAUGCUCGGGAACUGGGUUUUCCACAUAACUGAUCUUUUUGUAAUUUGGACCUUGUCUUCUAAAAAUCAUGUAAAUUAUUAUAUAAAUACCCAAUAGGCUGGUUCCAAUAAUGAUUAAUUAUAAUUGCAUAAAGUACAAUGUACUGUUUUAUUAAUACAGAGAAAAAGGAAAUCAUUUUUUAAAAAUGUGUAUGUUCUCGUUGCAAGCACAGCGAGAACAUACAACCUCCUUUCAGAUAAUGUGGACCACUAUACCAAAUAUAUAUUUAACCAUUAUAAAUACCCCAUAUUAGUUUGCCAUCAAUUUGCAUGUAUGCUGCUAGUUUAAACCAAGUACACAAAAGGCAAAUUAGUCAGAGAGAAUGGUUUGUUUAUAUAGCAAACUAUGGUAAAUUGCAUUGUUUCUGUAGCUUUUUGGGUUGCAGGUAGUAGAUUCCAUUCCAGUAUAUAGCAAAUUCAAAGCAGUUUGCCUUUUACAACUCUUUCCUUUUCCUGACCACCCAUACCAGCUCAAGAUUGUUUUGCUUAAGCACCUAAAGACAAGACUUUAAUUUUUACAAUGCCAUGCAUAUUCUGUGACCUAUAGGAGGUUCUAUUUAGCAAUACACCUGGUUUGUUUUCAACCAAAACUUACCUCCAAGCCAGGAAUUCAAAAAUAAGCACCUACUUUGAGGCCACUGGGAGCAAUAUCCUACAUGUUGCCCAUGAACCACUGGUUGGAGAUCACUGUUCUAGUCUGUUGCCAUUAACUGAUACGUUGCUCAGCAUGUAUGGCUUCUGCGCAUGACUCCAAAGCUUUUUGUUGCUGCUUAUCAACUAAGAUUUCAAUUUGUAAGUUUAGAAAGUCACCUGUAUCACCUAACAGAAAUUUACACCUAAGGAAGGAUACACCCAUUCAAUCUUAAAGGGGACAUGUCACCCUAAGAAAUAAUUCCAAAUUAUUUUCUAUCAUGUUAGUUGAGCAAAAUAAAAUGUACUUAUAAUACAUUUAUUAUUUAUUUUUUCAUUCGGUCUUGGAAUUGCACCAUCACGGCAGGCAGGAGCCAUUUUGUGAACACUGUUAUCAAGACAAGUUGUGUAUCACCUCAAAAUCUUGCAAAUGUAUCAGAAUUAUACGCAUAAACAGUGCCCUACACAAUUCUGGAGCAUUAGAAGGGAGGGGAGUAGAGCAGUGACAUCUAGGAAGUUCUGAAUGGAAAGUAAAAGUAAUUGACUGCCCCAUCUCUAUGACGGGCAUAGAAAAGGAAAGGUAAUAUUUGAUUUAAUAUUUGACAGCUUGGAUAUUUAAACACCUUUAUAACAGACCUGAAUGCUUUAAUGAAAAAAAAAAAAAAAAAAGUUUGGGUUCCAUGGUACAUUUGCAAUCGACUUUUAUUAUAAAGUUUUUUAAAUUGUUAGUGACAGGUCAGCUUUAAAACCUACACUACAAUAGUAAUGUCUGAAAAUAGUAAAUUACUUUUUAACUGUUUUGGGAAAGCAACUGUAAUAAAACUCCUCAUAUUCUUUUAAAUAAGACCAUAAACAGCCUUUUAAAAUAUAUAAAGAAACACAAUAGUACAGUUUGAUAUUCAACAACUUUUUCUGCUAGAUAGAAAGGAGUAAUUACUUUUUUUGCAAUUUAAUGGGAUAAAGGAUGGUUUACAUGUGCAUCAGGUCUCCACACUUAGAUUGUAAAGGAUGCUGUGGAAAGGGUUUUAAAGUGUAAUGCAAUUGAGUAUACAUUUACUUUUUUUAUUACAAAAAAAGUAGCUCUGUACCUUUUUUUAAACUACUGCAUAAAAUGAUUUCCAUACAGUGUAGAUCAAUGCACAGUCCCUUGCAGUUAUACUACUCUUCUUACCAUCCCCUCACGGAAGUGUUUUUCUGUUAAUAAUCUUUUUGAAUAUUGGCUUCAUUCAUUUCUCCCUGAGUCUUUACCCCAACAUGAUCCAGUUCUGUGUUACAGAUACUAAGAAUCCAUGGAAUUUGGUAUAAUACUGAAAUAUCCUAAAACUGUAAUCCUGAAAGGUUUCUAGCAUUAUAAACGGCUUUGUCUUCAGUCCUUUUUGAUAAAGAAGCUGAAAUUCAGAAUGUCUGCUUUGCCAGCAAUACUUGUAUUGUGUUAUAGAUGUUAUUCUGUGUAAAUGAAGAGUGAUUCUGCCUCCAUGCCAUACCUAAAACUCUGAUAUGACAAUGCACAGCAAAGAGUGGAAAUCUGAAAUUGGGUUUCACUCAAGAUUUGCAUAAAAAUGCAGUUUUAGGACUUCUUUGGUGCUAAAUAUCAAGUUUCCCUUAGCAAGUACUCCAUACAUUCUUAUCAGCCUUCUACCAGGUAGAAAAUAAAAGCCUGUGGAUAACUGCACUUGUAGUUAUUAUUUUAGUGAUGAGCAAAUUUGAUCCGUUUCACUUUGAAGAAAAUUUGUGAAGCGCCUCUGAAAACUCACCAAAAUAUAUUGGUCUAUGGGCAACACAUUUUUUUUUGAGGCAAAAGUAGACGCAAUUAAUUAUUUUUGACACCCGAUGAUUUUUUUUCACCCAUUGAGUCUAUGGUGAAAAAUUUCAUUCAUAACUCUUUAGCACAUGUUUCUAAAUGAGCCUCUUUUAAUAUCAGACAUUAUAAUGAAAUAUAACUAAAAUAGUGCCAGAAGUGUAAUCCACCUAAGCCUUUAUGAUAAACUGUGAUAAAACUGACAAAUGGUUGUAUGGCAUCCCAUGUAUGGAUAUCACUAGAGUAUUCCUUCCCUGUAUGCAAUCCUCGUGGUGAUUCAUUUUUACCCUUUAUUUGUGUGAAACCAAAGUAUUUUCACAGUUCUAAGGAUAUAUGUACAAAUGUAAGUCAGGCAUAAUAUGUGGUUAAACUUUAAAAGGGCAUUUGUAAAUAUUACAAAAUGAGUUUCCAGUGAUUUCAAAUAAACAAGUGCACCGGCAUUGAAAUUGUAAACAUAAUUUAAUAUGUAUGGAUUUUAAUAAAUUAGGAGUAAUAUUUCUCCUAGUACUGCACUUUUUGGCAUCAACACUUAUGUAAAGCUUUAAAGAUAUUUAAAAAUUUCCUUUCGAGAAUAACAAUUGCAGGAAACUGGUUUAACUGUUGGUAUAACAUGAUUUUAAUGUAAUACUAAUAUAUGGUUAGAUUUUCCUGUGAACAUUUUUUUUGUGGACUAAACAGAAGUGCUCACAUAAUGUGUGCAAAGACAAAGGUGCUCCUAACUACGGACUGUUGAAUAGUUUUAAAUUUACAUUUCAAUAUUCAUCCCAGUAUUUUGGGUAGAUGUCAAUUGUUUUUAUUUUGUUCCUGUUAAACCAAGUUUGUAUCACGUGAUCUGUGAAGUAUUGUUUCUGUAUGUGCUUUUCAAAGAGCGUUUUAACUACCGUAACUUGAAUUUAAGAAAAAUAAAAAGAGUAACAUAUGAAA